CUGUCGUUCAGAUAUGGCCUGGAAUGUUUGUUCCGGUUCUACAGCUACGGCUUGGAACAGAAGUUUCGGCCGGAUAUCUACCGCGAUUUCACGCAGGAGACUAUACGCGAUGUGCAACAGGGCGAGUUGUAUGGUCUCGAGAAAUUCUGGGUGUUUCUCAAGUACUACAAACACUCCCGUCGCCUUGAAGUAGACUCCUAUCUACGCGACCAGUUGAAGAAAUACAAAAAACUCAAUGAUUUCAUGGUUGAUGUAAGCGCCGAUGUGGCCUUUAGGAACAUAUCGGACCUGAGCUUCAGGCCAGAUAUCUUUCGGGUUUGUAGCAGCACCAAGGGGGACGUAUGCAUCACACAGCGCAGCAACGACUACGAUCAGACUGGUGUCAGCCGGUUUUGGAAAGUUUUGCAGAUGCGUGAACUCAUCCAUAAUCCUGCACAUGAAUCUGCGGACGUCGUCCUUCGCGUUAACCUGCAAUUUCAGUUUUUGGAUACGUUACAGUAA